CUUAGCAGAAUCCACAAUAUCAAAUGUCACUAAUGUCUGCAAGUAUUUUCAGAGGAGAAACAGGAGUUGUUGACUCUUACAGAAAUUGGAUAUUGAUGAUAUGCACUUGUGUGCAGGAGAAUGAUUCGGUUAAUACACUAGUGCAAUCUUUCAAAUAUUUCGGAGAUGCCUUUGAACAUAAUUUGAAACUAAAAUCUUUUCAUUUGAAGGCUAUUUUUGGUGUCAAUUUGCGAUAUUGCAGAGUUGUAGCAAUGAUUCAAAAUGAAUAGACUUUACAUACAUACAUGUUGAAUGCAUGAUCAUCUUUCCUCGUGGUUUUUACCCAUAUAUGGUUACGCUCUUUGUAAGUAUGCCGAGUUUUGUAGAUAUACUUGUUUACAUCUUUGACUUUUUGGGGUAAAACGCUACUAGUGUAUGUUGAUAAAGUAGUACAACAAACUCGCAAAUUGAACAAUGACUUGUGAUACCUUUUUCUGUUCUAGUAAUAUUUCUAGAGCAAGAUUCACUUUCAUUAUCUUGUUUCCAUUUCUGCCUUUUGUCUGCUAUAAAAGUUCCGUGCUUGUGUGUCAUACCCUCAAUUUGCAAGUUUCUGUCGAUCUUACUUGUGUUUGUCAAAACCAGCCAUGUUCAAAAGAUUGUCACUUUCAUCAUCUUGUAGAAAGAACAGUCGUGAAAAGUUCACUAUAAUUGAGCUUGGUCCCAAGAAGAGAUGAAAUUGGACUAGAUACGUUGUUUGCUUGUAAACUUUGAGUCGUUUUUGAAGCUCUUUGAAAAAUGAAACCUUGCCAACAACU